AUGGCUUCCGACAGCUUUUUUGUAAGGAACAGAACAGCUAUUGCUGUAACAACCUUGGCUGGUGUUUCGGCUAUUGGUGCAUACUACUAUUACACCCAACAAGCCGAAUCACAAGACGAAGACAAAAAGAAGAAGAAGAAGAAAUCGAAGAAGAAGGGAAAGCCAUCUCCAGGAGCUUCCAAUGGCACAACUACUGCAACCCCCUCGGUCGGGUCUAGCAAGAUUUACCCUGUAGACUCGAAAACUGGAUUGCCAAACAUCACCGAGAGUGACAUUAGCAACCUCUCGGCCAAGGACCGCGAAGCCUGGGCAAUGGCGUUGAAGGAGGAUGGAAAUACCGAGUUUAAGAGCAAAAACUACGAGAACGGGAUUGCCUACUACACUGCUGCUUUGCAAUUGAAGAAUGAUCCAGUGUUUUACUCCAACAGAUCUGCAUGUUACGCAGCUCUUCAGGAUCACGAAAAUGUCAUCAAGGAUACCACGGAAGCGAUCAAGUUGAAGCCUGAUUACACCAAGUGUGUGUUGAGAAGAGCCACAUCGUACGAAAUCUUGGAAAACUACACCGAGGCCAUGUUUGAUUUGACCGCUUUGACCAUCUACGGAGGUUUCAGUAACAAGUCAGUCGAAGAAGUUUUGGAAAGAGUCUUGAAGAAACAUGCCGUCAAGAUUGUUGAAGAAGACUUGAAGCACAGAGUACCUGAAUUGCCUUCUGCUUCCACCAUCUCGUCGUUCUUUGGAGCUUUUGCACCUGAAACUAACCCCGAGGGUAUCAGUGAAGAAUCCACCGGUGCCGACAAGUUCUUGUACGACACAAUCUCCAACUUGAACGCUAACACCAUUGAAGGCUACGAGGCCGCCGACACUUUGGUGAACCAAGCUGUGGAAGCUUAUAAGGUUGACGAGUUGAAUGCCAACUCUGAAAAUGCUGCCAAGGCCGCUAUUGCAUUGGAAUACUCUGCUGCAAUGAAAUUCUUGAAAAACGAACCAACUGCUGCUGCUGCUGAUAUUGCAAAGGCUAUCGAUUUGCAGCCCAGAGCGAGAACCUACGUCUUCAGAGCCUUGAUCAGUGCUGAUAAGGCAUCAUUUGGCGAGGCACUUCAAGACUUUUCUACUGCUGCGGCUAUGGAUCCUAAGAGCCCCGAUGUAUUUUAUCAAUUAGGCCAGUUGUAUUACCUCACAGGUGACUUGGAAAAGGCCAAGGACAAUUUCACCAAGGCUAUGGAAUUGAAUCCAAACAACGUGUAUGCUCACAUUCAAUUGGCUUGUAUUACUUAUAAGAACGGUGCUGUCAAGGAAGCUGAAGAAAAAUUUACCCAAGCUAAAUUGAAGUUCACAACUUCUCCUGAGGUGCCCAAUUACUUUGGUGAGAUUUUGGCUGAUCGUGGAGAAAUGGACUUGGCAUGCAAACAGUUUGAAAUUUCGGCCAGAUUACAAGAAGCAUUACCAACCUACUCUGUUGGUGCACUCCCAUUGAUUAACAAAGCCAGUUUGAUUUCAAGAGAGUCCAUGGAGAGAAUCGACGAAGCUGAAGAGUUGCUCACAACAGCAUGUGCUUUAGAUCCAAAGUCGGAGCUCGCAAGAAUUACAUUGGCUCAAAUCAAGUUACAAAAGGAAGAUGUUGACGAAGCUAUUGUUUUGUUCGAAGAGUCGUCGAAGCUCGCCAGAUCCAUCGAAGAGAAAGUACAGGCCACGUCUUUUGCCGAAGCCACCAAAAUGCAAAGGCGCAUCAAGCAAGACCCUGUAUUGGCACUUAAGAUUGAAGAAGUCAUGAAGCAGGCAAUGAUGCAGCAGCAAAGCUAA